AUGGCCGACUCGGAAUAUACCGAUGACGAGACAGAAUAUGGAGGUCCCUCCCACUCACAAGCGGUCGUCAUGGUCAGUCUGGUCCUCUCGUCUGAUCUCAACCCUUGGGGAACUGCAUCCUUGGGGUCCGAAUUCGUCUCAUCUCAACCCUACGAUGUGUCCGUGGCACUCGACCUACCCCGCACGCCUUCGAAUCUCGACGUGGGCAACUUCAUGAUCGACCUCACCCUCUACGCCCCAGAGACCGCAUCUGUACUUCCAACGACGGCCAAUUCACAGAAUAAGAUCUCACACUCGCGCCGUCCGGCGAUUUUGACAUAUACUUCACCGCUUGUGGAUGUUGCGCGGAGACUAGUUCGCCUACCGCUGUACGUGGUGGGCUGGCGGCGCGAAGCGGAGACACUAGAGGUGUCGAUGAUGGAAAAGGUGGAGUUUGCGCGAGGGUCGCGGAAUCGGCCUCAGAGCCUACGGCUUGAAAUUCAAAGCGGCAGGAAGAUGCAGAUCUACUCGGCGCGUGUUGAAUUCCGCGCCAGAUUUACAGGGCUUCGUUCUAUUUUCUGGACUGUUUCUAUGGCUUCUGCAAGUCUGACAUGGUUCCUCCUGACCUGGAUCAUGCAAUCCGACAAGCCAAAGGGGGAGAUCAAGGAGGAGGGGGAAGAAGAAGAAGAGUUCUCCGCGGCAAUCAAAGAAGAGCUUGAAGAUAGUGGCUCAUCCAGUGAACCCGUCAAGGUUAAGAAGGAGGAAUCCGAGACCAGCUUGCUUCAAAGCUAUCCUGCCGAGGGCGAGUCUGCAGGUCUGGGUUCCGGACGGGAAAGUGCAGAAGCACGAGGGGUGCAGAAACGAAGGAGUCAUUCGACCGAGGGUGAUCAUUGA